CGAGAGCCGCUCUGUGGCGCGCUUCCGGCGCGCUCAGCGAGGAAGAUGGCUGCGCCCCAACAGCCCCCUUCGACGGCUUCCUCAGCCGCUGGUGUGUCGGGCCCGGGCUCGGCGGGCGGCCCGGCUGCCCAGCAGCAGCCGCAGCCGCCGGCACAGCUGGUGGGGCCUGCGCAGAGCGGGCUUCUGCAGCAGCAGCAGCAGGACUUCGAUCCCGUGCAGCGCUACAAGCUGCUCAUCCCGCAGCUGAAGGAGAGCCUACAGACCUUGAUGAAGGUUGCAGCUCAGAACUUGAUUCAGAACACGAAUAUUGACAACGGACACGCCUGGCACAUGAGUGCCUGUCCCAGAGCUGCGACAGUGCCAAGCACUCUCCGACGCUGGUGCCCACAGCCACCAAGCCAGACGCAGUACAGCCGGACAGCCUGCCCUACCCUCAGUACCUGGCCGUCAUCAAAGCCCAGAUUGCCUGUGCCAAGGACAUUCACACUGCCCUGCUGGACUGCGCCAACAAGGUCACGGGCAAGACGCCAGCACCACCCACAGGCCCCGGGGGCACCCUCUGAGCUGGAGGUUGGGGAGUGGGCAGGCCUGGGGAAUGAACAAGUGGUAAUCUUAAGCAGUCUUGUCUCGGCCUGUUCUUCCUCCCCCCGGAGCCAGCAGGGGGCAGCAGCGGCCUGCCAGCAGAGGGCGGGGCGGGCCUCCGCUCCCUGUGCCCCCCUCCCCCACCCGGUGUUCCCCUCUCCAGCCCGGAGUGGACUUUGGACUGUGUGUGUUGAUGACCCCUGUUUCCAGGGGCCUCCCCGCACCUGGCCCUGAUGUGGAGCCCUGGCUGGGCUACUCUCCCUCUAUCUUGCUUGACUCUGUCCCAGUAGGGGCAGGGGAUGAUUCACUGCUUUUUCUAGCUGUCCCUCUGUCUCUCCUUCAUCUGUCUGUCCAUCUCUCUCAUUCUGAUUUUAUUUGGCCUUGCCUCUGUCUCUCUGCUCCAAUUUCCGUGUCUCCCCCCUGUGGUCCUGGGCCUCCCUGUCUCUCUUUUUUUCUAGUUUCCCUUUGCUAUCUCCUGCUGCCAAGUCCUAACAGAGACUCCAUGUCUUCAGAGGGGGCCAGAUUCUGGGAGGCUGGACA